AUGAUAAAUAAGAGCAAAGUAAGUAUUCGUGAGCGGCUCUCUACAGCCCUUGGAUGGUUGUUGCCUGGAAGGCAACAACAACCUGAAUUUGGCAAGGAGCGUGGGGAGUGCGCUCCUCCAGUCUUGUGCGCCGUGGAUAAGUUGUUAACUUCAGGAGAACUUCGUAACUCGUUGGAAACUGAUGGAGAUCCCCUAACUUCGUCAACCCACAGCGUAGACACCAACGGCAAACUCGACAGAACCCAAAGUGUGGCGGAGUCACCGCGACUCCGUGAUUCAGGAGGGUCAUCUAUGCAGUCUACAGAUGACAGCGCACACCCGGAUGUUGCUUCAGUGGAUCAAGGUGGAUUUUUCUCAUUUCUUGAAGAGGUUAUGGCGGGCAGACAUACAAAGCUGCUGAUGGAAUUGAAUCGAUUGCAUACCUCAGAUCCUGUCAAAAAAGCGGAAGGUGCGGCAACCGCCUCGCCCUCUUUGACGCCCAGAGAUACUGAGGAAGCAACCAGGGAAGGAUUGGUGACGGUAUCCUCCUCCUCCCCUCCUCAUUCUCCAUCAACAAUGCAUUUUUCUCCAGUGGUGGAGGAAGAAACUCAGAAGCAGAGAGUGACACAAGACGCUUUGGACAAACCAUCGCAGCGAAGUGGUGCUUCUUCUGCGGCCCGCUCACUGCAGGACUAUGAGCUUAUUGCAUACCUUGGUACAGGCACAUUUGCCGAGGUUACCUUGGCACGGCAUAAAGCAAACUCCAGACUAUUUGCGCUAAAAAAGAUAUCCAAGCGAAAAGUACGCGAAAAAGGUUGUGUGCAGUGCACUUUCACGGAACGUCAGUUGCUUGCCUCAGUUAGGCAUCCCUUUUUAGUGAGCUUGUAUCAGGCGUUUCAGAGUAGUACGCAUCUCUAUCUUGUUCUUGAGUUUGCACAAGGCGGCGAUAUGUACUUUUUCCUGGAGUCGAAACCGUGGCUGCGGGAGAUGCGUCGUAAACUUCAAAAAUUGCGGAAAAGUCUUUUACGUGGUGAUGCGUCAUACUCCUCUCUAGCUGGUGUGCAGGAGGAAGCUGAGCUGACGAGCAGCCCCUCCUCUCUUUUUAGGCCUUUGCACUCAGCCACUUCCUCUCUUAAUGCCGUUUUACCCCUGGCCCCAGAUCAGAGCCGUACACCCAUUCGUUUGGUCGCCUUUUAUGCUGUUGAGCUCGCAUUGGUGCUGCAGUACCUGCACGAGCAAGGAUUUGUCUAUCGCGACCUUAAACCGGAGAAUGUCCUCAUCACGCGUGAGGGCAAUGUGAUGCUUACCGAUUUUGGGGUGGCGAAAUAUGAAGGUCGAGGCAACCCACGCAGAAGGGGUGGUGAAGGCAUCAAGAGUUUUACCGGCACGACGCAGUACAUGAGCCCAGAAAUGCUGCUUGGGGAGCCACAAGAUUAUCGCAUGGAUUGGUGGAGUUUUGGUUGUAUUCUUUUUGAAAUGACGACGGGGCGACGACCCUUUGAGGGGGACAGUCCGUUUGCCCUUUUACAGGCUAUUGUUGAGCACGAUGUAGUUAUUCGUCAUGAAGACUUUCUCCUUACCUCACUGGAGAUAGAAACGCAUAUAACGCAUUUGCAGAAACGAUACCAGGCGUUUCUCCAACGUUUGGGGCAGGUGGAGCUGGAGAAGGACACGGGGAACAUGACUGAGGAAGAAGGUGUAAAUCUCUGUAAGUGUUUUAUGGGUCCACAAUCUGUGAUGUCGAGGGAGUCCUAUUUUGCGCUCUCUGAGACUGUCUCAGGUGAAGAUAAGGGCGCCAGCGGCGAUGGUGGGCGAAGUUUGCCGAGUGAAGGCUUCAAUCACACCGGCUGUGAUACAAUAAAGACAGGAGCCUUCAUGUCUUCUGAAGAUUAUGCCAUCUAUAGGAAGUUUGCUGUAGAGGAAUUAGAUGAGGCGUGUACGUUAUUACGUGAUCUCAUCGUUUCACUGCUUGAGCGCCGCGUUGAGCAGCGUUUGGGUGGAGCAUCGGUGCUUGAGCACCCUUUUUUCUCGUGCCCGUAUGUCUGUGCGCAGUUAUAUUAUGCACCCGAUGCGGGAACGGAGCUAGACGAUAACAGUAGCCUUUAUGACACUGUGAAAUCAACCUGCAGUUCAUCCCUAACCCCUCGACACCCCCUGACAAACUCAAAUGAAUUAUGUACGUCAUUCCUACACCAGAACGAUGCGACCUUCCUCUUAGGCGGUCGUGAUGUGGGGGACUAUAACAUGGGUGGAAGCGCUUACCUAGACGAUAGGCAUGAUGUGAGCGAUGACAACGUGAACACAACCGAAUUUCGAACUCUUCUUAGUGUGUCGUCUUUUCUCGCCCAACCCCCCCUGCAGCGGCCAGAUAACUGGCGCGAACUUUUUUUGGAUGGAAAAGUGUCACCGUUGUACGUUCCCCGUCUUUUGGCUGCUGACGAUUUGCGUUACUUUCCUAAUGCAAUGACGGCCAUGGGCGAUAGUAUUGUGACGCAACAACGUGUGCUGCGUAAACAUAUACGGAGGAAAAACAGUUUUUCACACCUCCACGAGGGUGAAGGCGAUCAUCGGACGAGUGCUUUUAGAAGUCCCCAUGGAGGAAAACAUCACCUGCAUUUGGAAAACACAGUGAGUGAGGAAGACGAGGAUGUUGGGGUCAUGCUACAGUCGGAUUCACAGCGAGACCCGUUGUGGGUGUCAAUGGAGGGUAAGAAAAGGUUUACUCACUCAUAUGACGAAGCUUCAUCCGGGGGUAAAUCGAACGGUACCCAGGCAUCACGGCCGCGUGUCAUUUUUACUGACUCAACACCUCCAAGUCUUGAGAGAUCUCUCGUUCAAAACCCGUCUCAGUGGGCAAAGUCAUAUGGGGUGACACGUACUGGGGAAUGGUGUAGUGAGGCGGGAGGGGAAUCUGCUACGGAGCCAGUGGAUGACUCGCCCCGCCGUUCUAACUUCCCAGCCCAAUACUCGUCAUUUUACGAAGCUACAGUAGAAACAGCAACGAAACCAGACGUAAAAACGAGAGCUACGUUAGCAGAAAUGAAGCCUCUUCUUGCUUCUCAUGAUGCCUCCUCGGAGGUACCGAGACCAGAGGCUGAAACCCCCCAGCAAUUGCACCCAAUCGUAGGUGGAGAGGGUGCAGCUGCAUCAAGGGUAUCUUCAGCUACGGAAGUAUCGCCAAUGAGACUUUCAAUUUCGGCCGUGUUAAACCCUUUGCCGGCAGAGUUGGAAAGGUCCCCAUUGUUGGCAUCGUCGUGUUUAAGCAGUGAAGAUGAGAGCCAACUUGAUCUGUCUGACACUGAUGCAAAGAAGGCAUCGGGGACACUUUAUGGGAUUGCGUACGAUGUGGAAGAUUAUGCUCCAAACUCCUCAAAAUGUAAGAGGCUGUUUUUGAGAAGCAACACCGGUAUUCCAACUCGCAUGGUAAACAAGAGCGUUGAGAAUCAGGCUUGUGUACCCCACUUAACGCGUCAAGUGGUAGAUCCACCCUUAUCACGUAGUUUUCAACAGCUGAGCGCUAAUGCGGCAACGACGUCAAACGGCAAUCAGCGGCCUAACACUUGCGUUUCGCGCGUGGCAACCACGUGUGAGAGAUCCAAAAAGAAAUCCCUCCAUCAUGGCAGUAGCCAUGAUAACAAAAAGUGUGAUUCCGAGGCAAAGGAUCGCCGCAUGCUACUCCCCUCAGUGUUUUCUCCUCCUUCAUUCCUCGACACCGAGACUGCCUUAUCCGUGUCACCAAAGCAGUGGGAAGCUGCAUACAGUUCAUCUGUCACUCAAGACACAAAUUUUCUACCACGCUUUAGUGUUGCCACUACGCAGGAGAUGCGUCCGACGUCGGAUUCGCCUGACGACCGCCUCGCUUCUUCUACACCGGAGGGCUCCUCGUUUACCGGAGGUGGUGGUGUGCAACAUUAUUUGGGUUUCACAUUUGACUCAAGCGGCGGCAACGCCUUUCUCUUGGAAGGUGCUGCCAAUGGCGGUAAUAACGAGAAAUGGGGCAAUUGA